AUGGCGUAUCACACCCGCCCGGGAAAGGGCUCUGGUCCUGUGUUUCUCCGUCCGUCGCCAGAGCCAAGCGGUAGUUCGUCGAACUCUGUCUGCCCCGUGUGCAAGAACUGGUCUCUUGAGCGAUGGACGACGCCGUCACAUGGCCGACGGGAGAGCCCCGGUGCUCCGAUGAGAGUCGACUUCUUUCAGGUUGCCGAGUCGGCCUACGAGGAGCAGUGCCGGUUCUGCUACGUCAUAUACUAUUCGCUGCUGGCCAUGGGUUGCGAUGUGCAAAUUAGUGGCUACUCGGUCCUGUCUCUCCAUGCAAAGCCGAAGGCCCCCUUCUACGUUCUCUGGGAUGAUGCUCGUGUCGGCCGCAGCGUCGUCGAAGUGUUCCGUGAAAAGGACUCAAAAUGUCUGUUGAACAUGCUCGGGUCAGCAACGCCCCUACGCGAGGAUCUUCGCGAUCCAAGACUCUACGACGAGAUACGACAGCUUCGCAACGAGUGCGAGAAGAAGCACCCUGCGUGUUCACAGGUCACUGGUGAGCUGCCGCGGCGGCUGCUGCACAUCGGGUCCGCAGCCCGUCCCGAUGUUCGCGUGACAGCCAGCUUCCCAGAAGAUGCGCGAUACAUUGCUCUGAGCCACUGCUGGGGUCCCGAUGCGCCUUUCACGACCACAUGGGUAACCCUCACGCAGCGCGAAGAAGGUAUCGAGUGGAAUGACCUACCUCGAACGUUUCAAGACGCCAUCACCGUCGCUCGACAACUCGACGUCGAGUACAUGUGGAUCGACUCUCUUUGCAUAAUACAAGAUGACGAAGACGACUGGGCCGUCGAGUCGCUGAAGAUGGGCUUCAUCUACGAGCGAGCCUACCUGACAGUAGCCGCAGCAACGGCAGCCAGCGACCGAGAAGGGUUCCUCGACGGCUCGCCCGGGCGCGAGCACUUUGCCGCGCGCACGAUAGACAUGGACCCCUUCGGCGGGCCGUCGGGCGUGCAAGCGCGGCGCGUCUUCGACGUGCGCGCCACGACGCUCCGGGACCCCUGCACACGCGCGCGUGGGACGGCCGGCGACACGUAUCUCGCCGGCAUGUGGCGCCUGGACCUCGCCGGCGGCCUCACGUGGGCUGCCGACCUGAACAAGCACGGCUCGCUCACACAAAGCUCGAUCAGGAAGGGGCCUCGCGAUGAAGAGGAGGAGGAGGAGGAGGAGGAGGAGGGCUCGCGCUGCCGCACGACGCGCGUCUACCGCGCGCCAUCGUGGAGCUGGGCCUCCAUAGACGGGCCGACGUGCCUCGACGGCCUGGGCGACGUCGUGGGCAAGAGCGCCGAGAGCGACUGGAAGUUCCGGGUCCUCGACGCCCACACGGACGUCAGCUCGGCGAACCCCUACGGCGAGGUGACGGGCGGGUGGCUGCGCAUCCGGGGACGGCUCGCGACGGCCGUCCUGACCAUCUACUCGAACAGCUGGGUCGAUCCGAAGGACGGGAGACCCAGGCCCCCCUCGAGGCCCGCCAUGGGUCUGAAGCUGCUGAACUUCUUUGGAGACGUCGUGCCGGCCCCGAGCCACCGCGGUAUCGGCAUCGACACGCCGCUCGAGCCCCGCCUUGUGCUGAACGGCUCCGUCACCACGGGCGCGCGUGUGGCUGGAGGCGGCGACUGGCUGGAACGGAAAGCUGACAGGGACCUCACCGUGCGUAUUAUGAUGGUGGCGAGGCUGCUCAACGGCGGGGGGCCGUUUUGUCUGAUUCUGGGCAACAAUGGUCUCUAUGGAGACGAUGCGACGUGCUUUGAACGGCUUGGUGUUGUGAAUUUACACGAUGACAGCCUUGAUAGCCGAGAGGAUGUGUGGCAGGAAGAGGAGUUUAUGAUUAUAUGA